AUGGAUCAUUCGCAUAUGGAUCACGGAAACAUGGACCACGGCAAUCAUGGAGGAGGCAUGCCCAUGCCUAUGUGCAGCAUGAACGUUCGUUACACUCCCAACACUUCCCCCAUCUACAAGCCAUCUCUCCACAAAUACCUCAGCGACAAAUCAGAUACUAGUCUUGAUGUGUUGCAAUGUUGCGCAAAUGUGACAAUGAUGGAGCUGCGGAUUGUCCCGCGGCAAACGCCUGCAAUGCUGUUUACUUGGGACACAACGAACCUAUGUAUUAUCUUCCGACAAUGGCAUGUCACCGGAAGCGCAUCGCUCGUCUUCAGCCUGCUGGCCAUUGUUGCCAUCUGUGCCGGCUAUGAGGCUCUCCGCGAGGGAACAAGGAAAUAUGAAGUAUGGCUCUCAAAUAAGGAAGCAGCGCACAUUUUCUGGGGAAAAAAGAACACUGAUAUUGACGCUCUUCUGCGCUCUGUUCGAGACUCUGGCGCGCAUGACGAGCUACGUGGAGAACGCUAUCAAGACAAUGAUCCCAACCACGAACGAGAACAAGUUGCUGAGACCACGCCAUUUCUGGGAAUAGAGCGAAUCGGCGCAGGCCUCUCCAGUUCCGAGUCACCCAUUAGCCAGCGCGCACGCAUCCUCAAGGCCAUCUUAUAUGGCGUGCAGAACUUCUACGCUUUCAUGAUCAUGCUUCUGUUCAUGACCUACAACGGUUGGGUGAUGAUUGCAGUUGCUGUCGGUGCAGGUCUGGGAUAUUAUAUCUUUGGUUCGAACACGCGAGCCACAAAGGAAACUGCUUGCCAUUGA